CUGGUUGCUGCUUGCUAUCAACCCUAUAAGGGAAGUCGUGUAUUAUCUGAAUUCGGUAAACGGUGAAUGGACCAAUUAUCAGGCCAUGAAGGACAUCGUUGAUUUAUCAAUACAAGUGUUCCGAAGUCAACGGGACGCACAGGUAUCCCGAACUAAAUCUAGCAACAUUACUUGGAUCCAAGUGCAGUGUCCGCAACAGCGAAACAGUUACGAUUGCGGAUACUUUGUAUUGAGGUAUAUAAAAGAAAUCCUUCAGGCAAAUCAAUUAGAGAUUCCGCUCACGUACCUUGACGAAUUCCGUGCCGCUACAUACCCGAAACUUAAGUUGGAAGAAAUAAAAGAGGAUUUGAGUCAUUUUUACAUUAAGCACUUUUUCAUAAUAUAUAUAAUGCCAUCUUUAAGAAUUUCUAAAUAUGUUUUUGCAGUCUUGUCGUUUGUUUGGAUUUCCAACAUUUUCACCCAUGCACAAGUUCUAUUUCCCUUGGAGAGCAAAUUUAAACUUAGUUACUCACUUUCUUCCCAAAAUGGAGAACGGACUACAACUAAUACAUAUCACGCUAUAUUGAAAUUCAUAAAUUCAUCGAGUUUUCCGAGUCGAGGAUCAUUUCCAACUGGCUUUUUGUUUGGUGCUGGAUCUUCUGCCCUUCAGAUUGAAGGAGCUUCUAAUGAAGGAGGAAGAGGACUUGGUGUGUAUUUAGAUGUCGAUAAGUUUUCCAAAAAGAUUGAACAUUAUAAGCGCUAUAAGGAGGACGUACAACUUUUAAAGAAGCUUGGAGUAAAUUCUUAUAGAAUGUCCAUAUCUUGGAAUAGAAUAAUGCCAAAUGGAACCUUGAAAGGAGGUAUAAAUCAAGAAGGUAUCAACUUCUACAACAAUUUAAUCAAUGAGUUGCUAAAAAAUGGUAUUGAACCUUUUGUGACUAUCAUGCACUUUGACUAUCCGUUAGCUCUUCAACAAAAACUUGGUGGCUUCUUAAAUCGCUCCAUUGUGAGACAUUUCAAGGAUUUUAGUGAACUCUUAUUCAAAACAUAUGGAGAUCGGGUGAAAUAUUGGACUACAAUCAACGAGGGAGAGGUCACAGCUAUAUUUCAAUACAUGCACAAUAUUGAUAAUAUGUCUGUUGAGGCAUGUCCAACUACGGGUAAAAUAUGUACAGAAGCAUAUCUUAUACUUCAUAAUUUCCUAAUUGCCCAUGCUACAACAUCAAAUUUAUACAAAACAAAAUUUCAAGCACUUCAAGGGGGAGAAAUUGGAAUUGCUCUUUCAUCAGGAAGUUAUUAUCCCUACAGCUCUAAACCACAGGAUGUGGCUGCUGCUAAAAGACUAAUGGAUUUCUAUUGGGGAUGGGUUUUAAAGCCAAUUUUCCAUGGAAAUUAUCCAAAAAUAAUGAGAAAGCUAGUGGGGAAUAGGCUACCCAAAUUUACAAAAAAAGAUAAACAAAUGUUAAAAGGAAGCACAGAUUUUAUUGGGCUCAAUUAUUAUACUUCUCACUUUGCUAGACAUGAAUUAAAUAAAACCAAGGUUUUUGGUGACAAUUUUGAUGCCUUAGCUAUGUCAGAAGUUUAUAACGUUGAAGGAAAAACUCUUGGCUACAUGGAUCAAUACGGUUUGAACUUUGUCUAUCCUGAAGGAUUAUAUGACUUCUUACUCUAUAUUAAGAAAAAGUACCAAAACCCCAAAAUCUACAUCACUGAAAAUGGUAUUGCUUCUUUCAAAACACCAAAUCCAUUGAAGGAUGAACAUCGAGUUGCUUACAUUGCAUCACAUAUUAACGCAACCAAAGCGGCCAUUGAUGCUGGUGUAAAUGUUCGUGGUUACUUUUCCUGGGCAGCUUUUGAUACAUUUGAAUUUCAAGCGGGCUAUUCUAGAAAUUGGGGGCUUUAUCAUGUCGAUUUUAAUGAUAGUCUCAAACGUAUACCAACUGACUCAGCUAAUUGGUAUAGGAAAUAUUUGACAAAUGAUUUGAUUGAACUAAACUAA